CAAAACACUAACUAAUUCAAGGGAUUUUCUCCAAAAAUCACACAGCAGACAAUUAACACUCAAUCACAUAAAUCCCACUUAAAUUAAUACUUAAACUUCAUCCUAAAGCUACCGGAAUUAUCCCCAUUUUCUGCAGAAUUUCGGACACACACAAGGCAGCAAUAAAUGGCUAAUUGAAGCCUUAAAAGGCUAUCACAUACCAUAAUUCUCCAGCUAAAACCGGAGCUGCAGAUUGGGGGAAGGCCGGCGGCAUGGAAGAAGAAAGCUCACGGGCUCACGGGAAAUCUAUCAAAAUUCUGGAGAAACAACAUAUUUAACAUGACCCAAGCUAAUUUAAGGCUAAAACAAAGGGAUUUAAUGGCUGUUUCUUACCCAAAAUCCAAGCAAUUUGCCCCUACAACAAGAGCAGCCGGCGGACAGAGCAAGGCAGAUCCGCAUUUUCCAGCAGGGGGAAAGAAUUUCUGGGUUCUACAUGUGUUGUAGAGCAAGAAAAGAAGGAGAAAUCAAGCUUAUCUCACCGGUUUCUCAAAGGCUGGUGCCGGGUUCCCCUUUUUUUUUUCCUCGGGUGCCUGCAGCGGGAAGAAAGAAGAAGAAGAGCAGAAUCGGGCUGAGAAGAAAGAGGAAAAAGGAGAAAAGAAAUAAGCCAUCCUUAU